CCGCACGUGCCGGCCCGUCCCGGACCACUCAGACGCCAGUACACCGCGCGCGCCCCACGCGAGCGGCCGUCUCCUAUACCCGUAUCGAUUCUCGCCUCGGCCCGGGACCACACUUCGCGAGUCGAGUCGAGAGUUACUCCGCGAACGCCCUCCCGCGGACGACCGCUUGGACUAUAAAUAAGUGACGUUUACUUGGACAUGGAAUGUAAUACUAAACUGUGAAAGGACAUUAUCCAAUAUGGCCGCGGCUAUGAUAAGCGAUCGUGGCCUUCGCAAAAAGUUGACGCAGGAAGCUAUUCCGGAAAAAACACCGAAGAAGCCUUCCAAGCGCAAAUCGACCCCGAGCAGUUCUAAGAACGACAAAAAAAACGAACAGAACAAUAAUAAAAGACCGAAAAUACAAACCGGUGAUCCAAAAUUAGACUUGUUCACGACAUAUCAGCCGUGGGUCAUCCAAACUUAUGGUGAUCUCGCUAAAACUAAGACUAUAACUUUGAAAAAGUACGCAAGGAUCCUGCGCACUUUGCGUGGCGAGGAAUGUAACAGUUCGGAUAGUUCCAAAUUCCGUUUUUGGGUGAAAGCGAAGGGUUUCCACGUCGGCAAGCCGCCAGGAUACGACGCCAAGCCCGCAGAUGGUAUCAUAUGCAGAUACAGUGUAGUGGAUGCAGAUGGGUGUGCCAGGGGGCCAGAUGGUCAAGAGAUAUACACCGGUUCUCAGAAUGAUCCGCCGUUGUACAUUCCGACGCCACCUUUAAAGAAUGCACCCAACCAGGAACCAGUCUACAGAAAGGUGGCCAUUGUAGAAAACUUUUUUGACAUCAUCUACACCGUUCAUGUUGAACUCGAAGGCAGACCCGGCAAACAUGCCGGCCAGAAACGUACUUAUAGAACAAUAACGGAGACUUACGCCUUCCUCCCGCGUGAAGCCGUCACGCGUUUCCUCACCGGAUGCGCGGAGUGCGCGCGGCGCCCGCGCAGCGCCUCUCCGCCGCCGCUGCCGACGCCCUCACCCUCCCCCACCAGACACCCCCCAUUCCUCCCCUUCCUACCACACUGCGCCACAGACUACUCUCGAAACUGGGAAUCAGAAAUCGACGCUGCACACUCAAAUUACUCUCCUUUCGAACCCAAAUACGACUACACUGAUCUCCAACCUUUGAAGAAAGUCGAAAGUCCAAAAGCAGCUGACGCCGAAGAACCUGAACCCACUUAUAUAGAACUGACUUCGAAGAAAGUUAAUGGUUUUGAUGCGGCGCCUGUGUUCAGCAGAAGUUCUCCAGUAGAAAUAGCGUUCAGAGAAGAAGAGCCAGUGAGAACCGACCCUGAGAUAGACAAGGACGACAACAGUCUCAUUGACGUCGAAGAUGUCAAAGUUGACAGUCCACCACCGCUUAUACCUGAGAAAGACAACAAAGAGAAAGAAGAAAGUGAGCCGGAAAGUACCAGGUCAACAGAAAACAUAGGAGUAACAGAAAACAAGACUGAAGUUAAGGGGAAGAAGUACAAUCCGCUGGACGUUGCGAACUUAACGUCUAAAGACCCACCCAAGUCCAGGUCGCCUCCGAGGAAGAAGCUUUUGCCUUCAAGCGGGGAUUAUCCGAAUACUUUUGGAAGGUUUCCAAAGCCGUGGAGGCCGGAUGGGGGGUUGUACUACGGGGGUGAAGAGGUCGACUACAGCGUGCCUAUAACAACGGCAUAUCUCAAGCAUAUGAGAAGUAUGGCGUACCAGGACCGCAUGAUCGAUGGGGAGAAUAAGGACAAUUUAACCCCGGAACCCGGGGACAUGACAGAUGACGACAACUUUUCUAGUCAGGGCUUGGCGAAAGAUGCUGAGAAGUUGAAAAUGAUGCUGCUGGCAUGGAAUUACCACAGCCAGACGCAAGGCCGCAACGGGGAGAUCACGGAGAGCGGCGCAGACAGUAUGGCGGACCUGUGGGCUUCAUACCACAGUGCUUUGGGAUUGGGCAGCAAGCCCCCUAAAGCCCCCACGCCCCUGACCACAGGGCACUCGGUGAGUUUUAAGAGUCCAAUUCACGUGGGUUCAGUAACACCAGGAGUAGAACCUGCUUCUACACACGACGAGACUUCAUCAUCAGAUCGGACGAAGGAUGACGACGACGCUGGAGCUUCAGACGAUGACAGUGAUGACAGGGUUGAUCCCCAACAUCACGACCCCGAGCGAUUGAAGGCUUUCAAUAUGUUCGUGCGUCUCUUCGUGGACGAAAACUUGGACAGGAUAAUUCCAAUAUCGAAGCAGCCGAAAGAAAAGAUUCAGGCGAUCAUAGACUCUUGCACACGACAGUUCCCUGAGUUUGCCGAGAGAGCCCGAAAGCGGAUCCGCACUUACCUGAAGAGUUGUCGGCGGAACAAGAAGGUCCGCAACGAGGGACUUACCACAGGCAAUGGUGGAAGUACACCAGGCACUGGCAAUUCCUGGGAUACCGCGGUGCGACCGACCCCCGCGCAUUUGACGUCAGUGCAAGCGGAGCACAUUCUGGCGCAGGCUUGCGAGAACGAGAGCCUCAACGCGAAGCGCAUGCGCCUGGGACUCGAUCCGGUUAGCCAGCCCAUGCCGACAGUUCCUACCCCCAUGGCUAUAGACACAACAGCGACAUCAGCAGUUGCUUCAUCGUUCCUGAGCCUCUACAGUGGAGCUAUCAGCAGCCCAGCAUCAACUCCUGCCACGACUUCAACCACUUCGACACUGGCCACGGCUGGGCACAGCAAGGCAGCAGCAGACACUACCAGGCCAUCAGCAAGCCCUACUCUUGAAAAUCCGUUGCUUAACAAUAAUAAUCUGAAACUGGACAACGCAAAUGGCAAUACUGGGAGCAAGACCGCUAGCCCGGCAUCUUCGCCAGCGCCUUUGUUCCGACCAACGUUCCCAACUACGUUUGGCACUCCACAGACUUUUGGCAGGCAAAAUUCUACCAACAAUCCUGCCUCAGCGCUUUCAAGCAGUGCUCUGAUAUCGACUCUGUCGGCCCUGCCUCCAACAGGAGUGAAUGCUGCAAUGGCUGCGUAUCAGAGCGCUUUGCUGUCCGCUAUGGCGGCGCACACGCAUACCUUCCCGAACAGCCUCUCCGAUUUGUCGUUGAAGAACACGUCAAACUCGAGCACUUUGCACGCGACGUCCACUGUGUCAUCGCUGACUGGAUCCACUCCAUCGUCACAGACGAAAACCCCACUACUCUCCCACAAGCUCUCGGGGGCUGAGGUGGGUGCUGUAAGGCAACUGAUCACCGGCUACCGUGAGUCUGCCGCGUUCCUACUACGAUCAGCUGACGAGCUUGAAGCUCUACUCCUAAACCAACCCUAGGAGUUACCUAAACCUUCCCUGCAAGACUUUUUUGGAUUCAAAUUCGGAUACUUUUAAUGUGCUGAUAGGUUUGUUACGUGCUUUGGAUUGCAUUGGGAUUCGGUGUUCGAAAACCCUAGUUUUUUGGGAACUUUAUCGGUUGAUUAGCACUAAAAGUGUUUUGUUUACGUGGACGAUGUGUUGAAGCGUCAAUUUCUUGCAAUUGUGGAAAUACUUUAUUGAACAGUGGGAAGCUGUGAAGGUUUAGAUUAGCUGUUUUUCCUCAGUUUAUAUGACACUGAAUGUUAGCUUACGAGGAAUCUGUUGAUGUAUUAAUCGUAGGAGUAGAGAUCAUUGUUAAAUUUCUUGUCUGAUCUUUGUGACGUUUCUAAACUUAUACUUGUAUGCAGAAUAUCCAACAAAAGAUUCCCUAAAUUAUUUUUCCUAAAUUAAACUUUUUGGAUUGAACACAUUUUAUGGGAGUUGGAUGUUCUGUGAAUAUCUUGUAUGGUGCUUGUUUGAGUGUAUCAUUAUUGCCAAUGUUUGAAAUACUAUGCGUGUCAUCAAAUUCCCUUAUACUAACUUUGUCCAGUUUAGUGUUUUAAAUUUUAAGAACUAAAGUCCAAUAUUGUCUAUUUCGGCGAUCGUACAAAGCUGCCAUAAUGUAAAAAGCCACUUGAGUGUUGCCAUUUGAAACUCGAUGAAAGAGUACAAAAAAUAUUUUGUGUAUAACUAGAUUUAAGAAAAAAAUCAGGGAGUUUUUAGCGUUAGGUUAACUUGGAGAUUCCAUUUUUGCCUAGAUACGAUUCUGACUUGACAUAAUUUAAAUUGAGUUAACCAAUCACCAGUGUCGAUGACGAUAAACAACGGCUGGUGAUUGGCUAAGGCAGUCUACUUCGCAACAAGUACAAUAUAUGUCAAAUUAGAAGUCCUUAUCUGUGCAAUGUUUAAAUCAUUAGAACAUUUUAAUAUAUUUCAUCGAUAAUAAUUAUGCUUGGAAGGGCGGCUGUAGUAACACCUAUUAUUUAAAUGUUUUCGGAGUAAGUACAUUAUUUCUUGUACACGAUAAACUAUGUUGUAACAGAGUUAAAUACUAGUUCUAAUACGGCAUACUAGGUGUAAGAAGCACGAAUUUAUUUGUUGGUUUGUAUUAUAUUAGUGGUCCUGUAGGAAUAUUUAUAAUGAUUAAUAUAUUUCUCUAUCUUGUCCUUUAUUUAAAGUGUUAUUUUUUAGAAUUGGCUCCAUCCAAUUUUUAAAUGCUACUUCGGUUAGUUUUAUUACAUAAUCUAUGUAUUUCUGUAACAUUUAAGUUAUUGCCAGUAUCUAAGUGUUUACUUUCAUAAGUUCUCGCUUUGCUCAGUACAAUGGAUUUUUGAUAUCCGGGUAAUAAUAUAUUCGUUACCAUAGAUAUAUAUGGCCAAGUACUUGUAUGUAGGUUAUACAUUAAUGUUAGAUUUACUGCUUACAUGUACAAAAUAAUGUUCUACUUACUUAUUGAUAAGUUUGAAUCUCCGUUUUGAAUUAAUCAUCUUUCGUAAACUUUUCCUUGUGAGAUAAAUAAUUACUUAAUAAUUUUCCGUUGUUAUCGUUUUGUUUUACAGUAGCAUUACACUUUGGCCAGUUAUAGUCAAUGUUUCACUCUAACAGUAAUUCCUUGUUAGUAAGUUUUAAGCAAACAAACACAAUAGAUAAUAAUACCGAUGUAAACGCUUAUUCAGUUGCUGAAUGCAUUUUAACGCUCUAAAAAUCUACGUUUGUGGUCGCCACUUGCAGAAAUAGGCCAAUAGCGGCGCGUAACGAUCACGUGAUAUUUCUAGCUGGCCAAUCGGAGACCCGUCAUAAACACAAAAAACAAAAUGGCCGCAUUUUUAGAGCGUUUUCUUAAUGUACAAUAAAUAGCUUCCCAGCUCCGACAAUUUUCCUAGAAUUACAGCUUUUAAGCCAGUUUUAAAUAUGAAAUUGUAAAUCCACUUUUGAAUACAAAAAUUGCCAAAGAAAUGAAUUGAUUUGUUUUGUAAUUGACAUUAUGAUGUAUGUUUGUGGAAUUGAUUAUUGCUUUAUGUAGUUGGUUGAGGAGUUAAGCUUGUGUUGUAGAUUAGGCUUUGAUUUCAAAAGUCAUUCCAAUAUUUUUCUAAAAUUGACACCGGUGUGAUACGUGCGAACGCAGUAGUCAUUGUAAAUGGAAAAAAUGUAAAAAGUAUGUUUAGAGUAUUAUAAAAAAAAGUUGAUUAGAAAUAUGUGAAAGUUGAUGUUGGGAUAACGAAAUAAAAACGAAAAUGGUGGUAAAACGUUGAGAAAAUGAAUUUGUUAGACAUUAAAAUAUAUUAUUAUUAGAGAUGUAUAAAUGGUUUACAAUUAUUAUUAUUAGUUUGAGAGAAAAUACAAAAAUGGAGAAAAAUUACAAAGGCGAUUGUUACUAUUAACGAUAUGAGAAUUUAGUUAUAAUUUUGCAAUUUCAAAAUGUGAGUUUUACAAUUUUGAAAAAGAAAAUAUUAAAUAUGCUCAUAUACAUAAA